AUGGCUGCGGCUCAAGCUCUUGAUCCGUGUGCUUCCGUGCGCGCCAACAUGGAGCUGCCGUCGCUCGACGAGGAACUUCAAGCCAAGAUCUUGGAGUACGUGACAGAGCCGACUGCUUGCGUGAGUUGCAAACCCUGGAAGCAUUUCCUCUAUGACAGCCUGAAGCUUGACACCUGCAUCCGCUUCAAGCAAAGCUUGAAUGACAAAGAUCCGCUGGCAUAUUGCUACAGUGCUGUCCGGCCUUUGGGUGAAGAUUUCGAGGAAAGUGUUGGGUUCAAUUUUCAAUUUUUCCGCGACGGAAGCUACAGGCUGGCCUGGACUAGGACUUAUGAUGCAUGGUCAUCGCAGGGCGAGCAGCACUAUGGUAAGUGGAGGCUUGAGAUGGGCCAGGUGUGCUGCGAAACCCUCGAGCCGCACGAAGAGGCCUCUGAGACGCAGAUGAGAUAUGCACCCGCGGGCUACAAGUUCGCCGUUCCGGUCGAGGACAUUCUCAGCGCGGAAGGUGGCUACUUCCAAGCGAGGGAUGGGUCCCGUGCAGCCGACUGGGAACUCCCCGCCAGAACGGGGAAGCUCAACGAUGGUCAAAGCAUCUGGACGGCGGGAAUGUGGGAGCCUGUGGAAACAAGCGAGAGAGAAGCCGUCUAUCGUCCAGUGAGGGCCGAUUCUGGGCCUGUGUUAAGAGGGGUUUAG